ACAGAUGCAUCCAUUUACAGACAGUUAUGUUGCUCCCAGGUCACAGACAGACGAUUCAGUGUUGUUUUUUUUGUUUUUUGUUUUUUUUAAUGGUCUGUUGUAACUGUUUUUGUCCUUUCCACUGUCCCUUCAGCUGACCAUCAUCGCAGAUAUGACAUUAGCUGGCAAUGUCUCAUGAUGUUGUGGUCAGAGUUUUCGUGUGGGAGAAACAGUUGCUCUGAACGUGAUGACCGUGGUCACCGGUGAACUGCAAAUCCUACAGCGCGUCAGCUGAUCCGAGCGGAGUCACCUCGGAUCACCCAGCGGCAGCAGCGGCCUCCAUUUUAACUUCGACACCGAGCCAUACCUCACGUGUCCUGGGCUGUCUCUCUCACAUGACCCGAGUGUUUGUUCCCGUGAUCAGCACUUCCAUCUCCGUCUGUGACACCGAAUAUCACUUUUAUUGUAACCCUGAUGGAUAUGCUUGAACAGAGUCUGGACACCGCAAGCCAAGACAAACAAGAAGAAGAAGUUGUCCAAGUAUCUGAAGACGGAACAGGAGAAGAGCAGACAGCUGUGACAAUAGCCAGUGUUCAGCAGGCUGCAGCAUUUGGUGACCAUAACAUACAAUAUCAGUUCCGCACUGAGGGUGGGCAGGUGACGUAUCGAGUUGUUCAGGUGACCGAUCAGCACCUCGAGGGAAGAGAUGAUGGGGGUGGAGCAGUGAGCGUUGUGUCAACAGCUGCCUUCACUGGGGCUCCUCAGGCCGUUGCUCAGGCUGUGAUCCAAAACCCUUUCAGUAAUGGAGGAAGCCCAGCAGGAGAGGCGGUGGGAGGGGAGACGCGCUUCGCUUACUUCCCCGCAACUGCGGUGAGCGAUGGGACUGUGUCUGUGCAGGCCGCCACGGACCCCACACUCACACAGGCAGGGGCCACAGGUCAGUUUUACGUGAUGAUGACCCCACCUGACGUCAUUCAGACAGGCACGCAACGAACCAUCGCCCCGCGCACACAGCCCUUCCCUGCAGAUGAAAACGAGCUGCUGCAACAUGAAGGUUUAAACUGGAAAAUGGAUGGACCACGAACACCAAGAGAUGAAAGGAGAAGAGCGCAACAUAAUGAAGUUGAGAGGCGGCGAAGAGACAAGAUCAACAACUGGAUUGUCACCCUUUCCAAGAUCAUCCCAGACUGCAGUAUGGACAGCACCAAGACCGGAGCGAGCAAAGGUGGCAUCCUGUCCAAAGCUUGUGACUACAUCCGUGAGCUGAGGCAAAGCAACCAGCGACUGCAGGAGAGUCUGAAGGAAGUGGAGAGGAUACAAGUGGACAAUGAGUUGUGCAGGCAGCAGAUUGAAGAGCUGAAGAAUGAGAAUGCUUUGCUCCGAGCGCAACUCCAGCAGCACGGCAUCGAGAUGGUUGGGGAGACGCCACCGCAGUGAAGGAGAGACGGAAAGAGCAGGGACGAGCACCACCACUCAAGACACACAACCGACAUGGCGGAAGAGGCGGCGAGAUGAUGAUGAUGAUGAUGAUGAUGAUGAUGAUGAUGAUGAUGAUGAGGAAAACAAGGACUUGUGAAGAAUCACUUUCUUUUUAGUGAAUGCAUCCUUCCCUGGAUUCCCAGGUCGCGAACCCUUCACUGGCCAAUUGUGGCUGUACUUGACUGUUCCAAUCAUAUUGAGAUAACCACCCCGUUACAACUCAGUAGAAACGUGCUCCAAGAAAAGAUGCCCACUCACCACCAUCAGAGUGCUUCACUAGCACUAGCUAUGAAAGACAACCUCUGCUGAACUCCUCCCUUGUUUUGUAUUUAUGUAGCCUCACUCAUGGACUAUGAAGUUUGUCAUUUAACUUUGUUUCCUGUCAGUGUACCCCCCCCCCCACCCCCCCCCACACACACACACACACACACCUCCUCCCCCUCCUCCCCCUCCAAUUAUUAAUUUUGACUUAGUCUAUGCUUUUAUUCUGUUUGUGUUUUUGAGUUGUGUAUUAAUAUGUUGUUUUUAGCUGCUUUAAUUUAUUAGUCCGCUUGCUGACAGAAGCCUUGAUGGAGACCAGUUACACUGAAGCUCAUGCACCCCAGAGAAGCAGAUUGAAUUUUAAGUGAAAAGAAACAUCAAAGUAUGCAAAACAUUAUGAUUCCGCAGACAGAAAAUAAUGCGACACACAGCCUAUCUAGACCCAAAGACGAACAAGGAGCUGUGCUGGCCUUUGCUUUUGGGCUGAUUUAUGUAAAUAUCACUUUUCAUUUUUUAAUACAGAUGUUACAGAAUGUUAGAGCAGAUUAUGUCUGGGAGUAAACAAUCAAUAACUCAUUAACUUCAUGCUGGCCCUUUGUCAUAGUAAUUACCAUGAAGUGUGUGCAAUCUUGAAGCGUGAUUUUGGAGA